AUGUCCACGUUUUCGCAAUUCCUCCGCAAGUUGCGGGGAGGCAACCUCGAGGUCUUCAAGUUCGGCACAUACGUUCUCUUCCCCAUCGGCUGGAUGUACUAUUUCGGCACGAAUCUUGACGACCGCUUUUCCACCAAGGGCUUCUGGCCCACGGCAGAGCAAUCCCACAAGAUCCCAAUUGACAAGGAAGAGAUCCAACAAGAGCUGGCACGUAUGCGCAUGGUUGAUUCCGUACAGCGGGAGCGAAAACAGGCCAAGCAGGCCGCGGCAGCGGCGGCAGAGGCUCAGGCUGAAGCGCAGGCACAGAUGCAGACGGCGCAGGCUGAGCAGUGA